AUGAGCACUUCAACUCCCACGAUUCAGUCUUCAGUGACAAAUCCCACUUCGCCAAGAAACAUUCCUCCGAAUCCUUUUGAUGUACACGAAGGCAUUCCAGAGGAACAAGAAUUCGAACAUGUCGCCGAAUUAAAGCGUUUGGCCGCUGAAAAAGCUAGACUUCAAACCAUUGGUACAAAUACUGGAAUUGCACGCGGAACCACAGCUUCUUUAACUCAAAGUGCCUUGGGUAAAUACUCGACCGCAAUUGGGGAAGAAAUUCGUGCUCCAUCUCUCAUUGUUCAAGCGAGAGUUAAAGCCGCUGAACAUCCAGUUGAUGAGGCACAACUUGUUCGUGAAUUAAAGGAAGAAGCCGAACAACGUCGUCAAUUCGAACUUCAAACCCAAGGAUACGUUCCUCGUGCUGGACCAGCAGCUAAAGUUGAAGAAGCUGCUGAACAACUUGAAAAAGUAUUGAAAAUCGAAGGAGGUCAACUUGAGGCAACAUCUCCACCGACAUCCCCUCAACCGAUGCAAGAGAUUGCCGACACGGGGAUCGAAGUGAAAAGAGGAAGAGGUAAUAAAUUUAAAAAUCGGGGUGGUCGGGGUAUGCGAAACCGUCAACAAUAUAAAUAUCCUGGAACUCGAAUCCCAGCUAAUACAAAUUUUAUGCGUGUUCAAAAUGUGCAACGUGGUGGUUUUCAAGAUCAACAAAAUAUUCCUCAAGUGGAAAUUGGUAAUCCUCAUGUGGCACAUGAAGGCAUUCCUGAAACUCAAGAAUUUGAACAUCUCGCUCAAUUAAAAGAAGUUACAACUGAACACGCUCGUGGUCUCGGUCUAAUUCCACGUGGAAGUAAGGCUGCUGUGGCUCAAAGCGCAUUCGGCAAAUACGCGACUGCUAUCAGUGAAGAAACUCAUAUUCCAACUUUAAGCGUCCAAGGAUUGGAGGAAGCUCAACGUCGACGUGAAUUUGAAAUUCAAACAUUGGGUAGAAUACUUCCCAAUGGUCCAGCUGUAAAAGUUGACGAAUCGGCUGAUCGAUUGGAACAAGUAUUAAAGAUGGAUCGAGUUGAACCUGACGUUGCUGCUGAACAACAACCAGAAGAGCCACACGUGUCUCAAUCAGAACAGUCUCAACGAUUACCAGGUGAUUUUGUAGCGCCCGGUUCUCAAUUGGUGGAAGCUGGCGUUCCCGGUCUCUCAAAGGAGGCUCGUCAAGUGCUUGUUGAACAGCAACAAGUAACACCACCUGCUUCACCAGCGCAGCAGCAAAAUGUUGGUGUUAGUGUCGGUCAAGAAACUUCACAAGGUCGAACUAAACAAAGUGAAUUAAAGGAUGAAACCCAAAGUCGAGCCGAACAAUUUAAUCCACCAAGUCCCAAAACUGCUGAAGCCGUUCAAAGUGUACAACAGCAACCACAAUGA